AGUCGAACACCGACAGUUAUUCCAGCCACACGCGCCAUGACUGCGUUGUGUCACAGAAAAUCGCCGCGAGUGUCGUAAUCAAACGUUUUGUGUGAACUUUAUAAUGGAUACGAUACUUCUAAGUGCUGUCCUUGUACUGCUGCAAGGCUAUGCAGCAGCUACGUGUCGUUUCCCUGGUGCGCCAGCCCACUCCCGGGUCUCCUUCUCCAAUCAGAACUUGACAGACGGUACCAUCGCAUCCUACACGUGCGAAAGAGGGUUCGAACUGCUGGGUCCCGCCCGUAGACUGUGCGGGCCCAAUGGAAGAUGGACGCCUGAGGGUAUUCCAUUUUGUGUAUUGAACGUAGCCGCCGGAAAAGCGCCUAUGCAGAUCUCUACAGAGGACGGCGGGGCUCCACAACGAGCGCUUGACGGCAGCACCUCUGCAGCAUUUAACUCUGAAACCUGCACACUUACAAAGUCGGAGCGUGUACCUUGGUGGUACGUCAACUUACUGGAACCUUACAUGGUGCAGCUCGUUAGACUCGACUUCGGAAAACCGUGUUGUGGUGCCAAUAAACCAGCUGUAGUGGUUGUUCGAGUCGGUAACAAUCGUCCAGAUCUCGGAACAAAUCCAAUCUGCAACAGAUUUACGGGAUUUUUGGAAGAGGGUCAGCCUCUAUUCCUACCUUGCAAUCCUCCAAUGCCUGGAGCAUUUGUCAGUGUCCACUUAGAAGCUGCAAGUCCAAGUCAGUUAUCUAUCUGUGAAGCGUUCGUGUAUACAGAUCAAGCUCUACCGAUAGAGAGGUGUCCGCAGUUCCGUGAUCAGCCCCCGGGCAGUACUGCGACUUAUAAUGGAAAAUGCUACAUAUUUUACGAUCACCAGCCGUCAAACUUCAGGGACUCCCUCGCGUUCUGUCGGUCGAGAGGGGGAACGCUAGUGGAUGAGAGUAAUCCCGCGCUGCAAGGAUUUAUCAGCUGGGAGCUUUGGCGCAGACAUCGAAGUGACAGUAGCAGUCAGUACUGGAUGGGAGCUGUUCGAGAUCCUCAAGACCCAAACAACUGGAAGUGGGUGAACGGCAAUGACGUCACUGUGUCUUUUUGGAAUGCACCAGGAGGUGGUGAAGGUUGUGCCAGAUUCGAUGGCAAUAAAGGGUGGCUUUGGGCUGACACCGACUGCCAAGCGAGAUUAAAUUAUAUCUGCCAGCACCAACCUAAAGCUUGCGGUAGACCAGAGCAGCCGCCCAACUCCACCAUGACCACGGAGAGCUUUGAAGUUGGGGCAACAGUGGAAUAUUCGUGUGAUGAGGGUCACCUUCUUGUAGGUCCUACUGUUCGGACAUGUUUAGAUACCGGUUUCUACGAUGAAAUCCCACCUGUUUGCAAACGUAUAGACUGUGGUUACCCUGCUGGGAUAGCGCACGGAAGCUAUGAGCUGGUGAACGGUUCAGCGUCGUAUUUGUCACAUGUCCAGUACUCCUGCGACGUUGGUUACGAAAUGACCGGGCGAUCAAGACUCGUCUGUGACAUUGACGAAAGAUGGAAUGGACCACCCCCAAGAUGCGAUGUGAUCCAGUGUGAAGAGCCGCUGCCGAUCGUAAACGGUCGCGUAUCAGUAGAGGGCAAUGCGUCCGUUUUCGGCGCCGUGGCCGAGUAUGAGUGUGCACGCGGCUACCAGCUGCAUGGGGCGCAUCUUCGCGCCUGCCUUGCCACUGGGCUAUGGGACCAGCCUGCACCGCAUUGCCGACUGGAGGAGCGGUCAACAACUACAACGACAACUUCCACCACAACAACCACGACGCCUUCAACAACAACAAAUUUUAUUCCCACAACACCUCCACUGACUACUCCUCGCUUAAUUCUCCCUUCAAAACCCCGGCCUUCGCUACGUCCGAUUCCCUCCCCGACUCCCUUCUUGCCACCCGACACUUCACACAGACCACGACCAAAGAUCACAACGACGGAACGAUCAACAACUAAAUCGUACGAGAAGCCGCCACCGCGGAAGGUCACAGUUUCAGAUUCGCAAGACUCGUCCACUAGCAACGUCCCACACAUCAUAGUGGCUAGUCACCCGAGGGAAAAUCAAAUAAUCGGCAGCGGUAACAACAUCCGCGCGGAGCAGACGCCACGCGUGAACGUGCCGCAGCCGGUGGACGGCGCGCGGCGCGACGGCGCGCGGCUCAACCUGGGCGCCGUGGUCGCGCUCGCCGCUUUCGGGGCGCUCGUCUUCCUCGUAGCCAUCAUCACUACGAUCGUCAUAUUAGUUAGAAGCAGGAAACAUCACGACGGCAAAAGAUACAGGCAUCACGUGUCCCCGGAUUGCAAUACCGUAGCUUCGCUAGAUUCGUCCUCCUCGGAGUCGCGAAGUGGUCUCAACAGAUACUAUCGACAAGCUUGGGAAGAACUUCACGAGGCCGCUGGUGCAAAACAUGGUCAUAGGAGGCAUGAAAGAGAAGCUCCUAAAGACGGAUCCGAGCUCGUGGUAUCUGAUGUAUAUCCCGCCCCUCACACGAGAGACAAGAGACGGCAUCACCAUCAUCACCAUCGCGAGCCAAAACAUCCAGAUUGGCAUCCAUCGCACCGUCCCCACCACAAUCACAAACCUAGAUAUUAACCAUUUCAAAACGAACUAAAGACAAUGUGUUCGGGAUGUAUAUCCUUUAUCAAAUAUACUUGUAAAAGCCUUUUAUUUGAACUAUUGCAAUUAAACACUCCAUACUGGGGAUAUAGUGUAUUAAACAGUUUAAUUGUAACUGAUAAUGCUAAAUAAUCUAUAACUGUUCACAUACCGAAUUUCCAAUCACGUGUAAUAAUUUUACAAUUUACAAUUAUUGCAAAAUAAUUUUUAAUACGUGUAUUAAAAAUAAAAUGGCUAUUGUUACAUAUUUAUUAUAAAUUAAAAAUAACUGAAACGAGAAAGGACAUACAUCUGUCGUUACAGCUACAGUAUUCUUUUACUAUAAUUUAUUCAAUUGGAUUCUUGCUUAUAACUAUGAUUAUCUUGAUCUUUUCUUAUGUUAUUUAUUUAUGUAUUGUACAAAAAUUUUCAUUUAAUAGAUACUAUUAGCAUAACGUUCUUAUCUUAAAUAAAACAGCAAUAAAAGUACGAAUACCUACAUACCUAGUAUAAUUAUAAUAUGAGUAAGAUUAGAUUGAAUUUAAUCAUUGUUUCGAGCUCGUAACGUUUCUUUUAUAAAUGUAUUAUUUUAAGAAAUAUUUUCUAUAUGAAAUUGUAAUCAAAUAUAUUUAACCGGUCUGAUUACAAAAUGUGGUUUGUUAGUAGUCUGGGUCUUAAAGAAUAGUCUUUGCCUCGAAGGAUAUCCGUUAACUGCAGUGCAACUGCGAAAUUCGACAUUAGGUAGGAUUUUAGUUCGCAUAAUUUCGCGGGCCUCUUGCCGUGAAACAGAUUGUAGUUUAAACCUGAGACUGACUAUAAACUGCUUUUGUAAUAAGGCGGUAUAAGUUUAAUGUAGGCUUUUAUCGGGAACAAUAAUGUGAAUAAUUUUAAGGUAACAGUUUUCACGCCACAAAAGUUCUGAUAACUACUAUCAUUAUCAUCUAGAAGAAUUUUAUGUAUUAUCAUGUAAUAUAAAUGACUUAUAAAUUCUGCCGUAAAAGAAAAUACCUACCUACUACAUACAUUUAGUAAGAUACCUACCACAUAGUUUCUUUUUGUUUUGUAACUAAAAAUUAGAUUUGCAGAUAAGCAACGUAAUUCUUAGAUGCCUACCUUUUAUAUGGUACAAAAUAAACAUUUAAUUUACGAACUUUAGAAAGUACAAGCGCUAUCUACUUAAAUAAUCAAAAUUCAAAUAAAAGGCAAUCAGUAUGACAAAAAUGAUAAAAUGUGCCAUUAGACGGGCAGAAAUAAAAUAUAUUUUAUAUAAGAAAUUCACUUAUUAAUUUAUUAUUAAUUUAUAAAUUAAUGUUGGUGUAAAUAUUUGUUUCCAAAGAAUUAUUGGCGAAAGUUCCAAGCCUAUGCUUUCGCAAUAUGGCGAUGCGAAAUGAAUCAACUAAGUUAAUUCUUCUUAUUCGAAACGCUUUAUCUACUCUAAAUCGAAGUAGAACGUGUUUUUUUUUUUUUGCUUAGUAGAGUGCAUAAUUAUUAAGUAUUAUUUGUAUACCUACCACGUAUUGUAGAAUAAAUUUAUUGUGAUAAUC